AUGAGGGCAGCUGCACGGCUUCUCGCCGCCGUCAGGCAAGGCAAAUACCUCGAGCCCGGCGCGCCGACCGGCCUCACCGGCCUGCUCACCCACCCGUCGCCGCGCUCGACGCUCCUCUACCACUACCAGGCGACGCUCGACAAGCUCCAGCAGAUCCCAGAGUCCUCGGUCUACCGCCAGUCGACCGAGGCGCUCACCAAGCACCGCCUGAAGAUCAUCGAAGAGGCUGUCCCCGCAGGAUGGGCGCAGUGGCAGGAGACGGUCCAGGAUAAAAUUCACGAAGACCCUACAGGAUUCAAGACUAUCCAAACCUCGCAGGGAACUCUUGCGGAGCCGCCGAAGUACAAGGAGCUGGAUCCCAGGACAUUGGAGGCGGAGUGGGAUGGAGAGAAGCAUGCGAAGUACCCGCCCGGCAUGCGCACACAGGCACAAAGACGCGCCCAUGUCAAGGCAUUCAAGGGCGACGUGAACUACACGCCCGAGCGGACAAUGUCGCCAAUUAAGCUUCCCCCGGAGCCGCAAUACACCGUGCAUAUAUCUCAAGUGAUGAUCGUAGCUUACGCGAACAGGAUCAACGAGCUCGAGACCAGGCUCGGCGCCGGUCUGAUUGAGGAGGUCAUCCAGGUCGCAGAGGGCGAGCACAAGCUUGUCGACGAGAUGAUCAAGGCGAAGGUCUGGGAACCGCUUGAGGAGCAGGCACCUGAGGGCCAAUGGAAGUUCUUCGAGCGUGGCCACAGCGGCCACACCAAGACUCAACACCCGUAA